AUGAAUGAAAGGUCUCCUGCUGUAUAUACGUUAGUGAAAGGAACAGGUUCCCUGCAGCGUACGUGGUACCUCUACCAUCGCCUUGGCAUCUGGUCCAACAUUCUGGUUUCUGCACGAUAUACCUGCGCGAAUGGACAUCAACUCAGCCAAAAUGCUAUCAUUGCAGCACUGCGCGUCGUUGUACAAGCUCAUCCUGCCUUAUGGCAUGUUUUUGUUCAGAAGCCAUCUCCCAAUCGCGGCAAUCACGAGCUGCACACCGCCAGACUGCACUUCAUCGACUUGGAGAAAUGCAUCGAGGUCUUGAAUUAUGACCAAAACCAUCCUGAGGUCACCUCUGACGAUCUCGAGAGAGCCCAUAAUGAGUGGUUGUGGACUGCUGAUGAACCUGAUCGCCCAUUUUGGAAGCUUCUUGUGAAAGGGAAUAACAUCGUCUUUGUCUAUCAUCAUUCUGUAGGCGACGGUAUAUCUGGGAUGGUAUUUCAUCGUGAAUUUCUUGCCGCGCUUAACACACCCACCGUCACGAAGAUCAGCCACGGCGCUCGUCCUGAUUCUAUCAUUCAUGCAGACGAGAAUGUUCAAUCGCCCAUCGAGCCGGAAGACGUUUGGGAAGGGAAAGACAGCAUCUUGGAGAUAAUUUGGACACAGUUAGUGUGGCUGUUUGUGAAACUAUUCUACGGGACCAAUCGUAUCUAUGGCGAUCUUCCCCCAUCCAAGCCUCACGUCAAGUCUGCAACUGCAGUGGCAAAGCCAGAAGAGAGAACCGUCACUCGCAUUUCGUCAUGUCGUAUCCCAGCAGAAGACAUGUCAUCAAUACUCAAAGCAUGUCGCAAACAUCAAACCACCUUCACACCUCUACUCAUUACAAUGUUUACCAUCAUUCUUGGCACGGAAUUCUACCCAAACGCAAAGAUCGGUGCAACACGCUUCAAUUUUGAUUUGAGACCCAGCCUUCCCAUGUCUCGUGUCGGUGGAGGAACAGCCAAUGGAACAUUUGUAAACGCGGCAGGAAGCUGGCAGAGCUGGCAUAAACUUGAGACAUUCCGUCAAGUCCUAGUUACGAAAGGUGAUGCCAAGGAGACAUCGGUUGACUCCCAGUCUGUAUGGGAGCUUGCCAAGGACUAUAAGAAAGAUAUGACACGAGCUAUAUCUGGCAAAGCUAUAAGAUACUGGAUCGGGGUGAAGCGACUGGGAACUGACCUCGAGAAAGUUGUUGACAACGGCUUUCCGUCUAUAUCCCUCCUUCUAAAGCCGACGUUUAGCGUUUCCAACAUUGGGUCAUUCGAUAAUGACAAGGUAGAGUACGUUGGGAAGAGCACAGGUAUUUGGCAGAUUGAUGAUAUGCAAUUCUCUGCUGGAGCGGUAAAUGGGAACCAGGGUACACACGGGGCUAUCUUCCAUGUUUGCGGUGUCAAAGGGGGAGACACAGUUAUCACUGCGACUUACGAAGAUGGGAUUGUUCCGCGGGAGAUGGCCGAUGAGAUCUUAGAGCGUACGGUUGCUAGAAUGCUCGAGAUAGUCUAA